AUGGUACUCUUAAAGCCCAACGCUUUCCUCAACAACCCCUUCAAGACCCGGGACGACGUCGAAAAGGGCUGCCGAGCUCUCCUCGACCCUCUCGAGCAGCACACCUCGCCCGGUGGCGCCCUCCUCUACUUCGCCAGUACAGCCACCCACUAUGACCUCAAAGCUGUGGCGCUCGAAGCGUUCGCCCGGCCCCUCUGGGGUCUCGCGUCCCUCAUAGCUGGCGGAGGGGAGUAUGCGGGGGCAGACAGGUGGAUCCGGGGUUUCGCGGCGGGAACGGACCCCAAGAGCCCCGAAUACUGGGGCGGGGCCAAGGCGAAGGAUCAGAGAAUGGUCGAGAUGAGUCCAUUGAGCUUUGCGAUCUGUAUGGCUCCUCAGGUGUUCUACGAGAACCAAACGGACGAAGUCAAGCAGAACAUGGCCGCCUUCCUCACUACCUGCAUCGGCAAGCCUAUGCCAGACACAAAUUGGCUCUGGUUUCGCGUAUUCGCCAAUCUCGCUCUCCGCUCCAUCGGUUCCUCCUCUUUCAACCCAGACCAGAUGGCUCGCGAUCUCGCCCGGCUCGAAGAGUUCCAAUUGCCAGGUCAUGAGGCCACGGGUACGGCGGACAAGUCGGCGGGAUGGUCCAGAGAUGGUCCGGAGGGAGUGGAGCAGCUGGACUAUUACUCUGGGAGCUUCGCGAUCCAGUUUGCGCAAUUGGUAUAUGCCAAAUUGUGUAAGGAGAGCGAUCCGGAACGGGCGGGGAGGUAUAGGCAACGGGCGGUGGACUUUUGCCAGGACUUUGUGUACUACUUUGACGAGGAUGGCUCCGGUAUCCCAUUCGGUCGAUCCAUGGUCUAUCGCUUCGCCAUCAUCGGUGCCUUCUCCGCUCUCGCUCUGGCCGACAUCGAGCCCCUCCCUCUCUCGUGGGGCCACAUCAAAGGCCUCGUCCUCCGCCACCUCCGCUCCUGGAACGCCGACUCGGACAUCUUCCGGUCCGACGGCACCUUGACCAUCGGGUACAAAUACGACAAUAUGAAUAUGACGGAAAAUUACAAUGCCCCCGGCUCGCCCUACUGGUGCAUGAAGGCAUUCGCGUGUCUGGCCGCACCCGCCUCUCACCCCUUCUGGACAUCCGACGAACUCCCCUUCCCAUCCAUCGCACCCCUCAAGGCCCUCCCCGAUCCCGGACACAUCAUGUGCCGCUUCGCAGGCCACACGUUCCUCCUCUCCUCUGGGCAGUUCGCGCACUACUACCUCCGAUCCGCUUCUGCCAAGUAUGGCAAGUUUGCCUAUUCAUCGACUUUUGGCUUUUCGUGCCCGACCGGCGAUCUCGGCGUGGAGCAACUCGCGGGGGAUAGUAUGCUCGCUUUGAGGGACAUAUCGGCGGGCACAGAGGGGGCAGAUGGGGAGACAUGGAGGGUCAGGCGGGUACCGCUCGAUGCGAGGAUAGUGGGGCGGGGAACGGACACGGUGCAUCUCCGCUCAAAAUGGCGUCCGUGGAGCGACGUCGAGGUGGAGACUUGGUUGGUACCUCCCCAACCGGACUCGCCGGCAUGGUACCUCCGUGUUCACAAGGUCACGUCGGGAAGGAAGCUCGCUACUUCCGAAGGUGGCUGGUCGACUUAUGGGCAAGGGGAAGACGGGCGGGCGCUCAUCCAAGCCUUCUCGGGCGAGUCGAGUGCGGGCGGCGAUGAAGCUGAAGGUUGGGCGAGGGCGGCAACGAAGGGUGGCUGUGCGGGUGUGUAUGACUUGUCGGAGACGGUGCGGACUGGAAAGCUGGUACAGACGGAUCCAAACUCCAAUGUCAUCUUCUCGAGGAGUAUCUUGCCGUCUUUGGAGGGAGAGGCGGAGGGGACAGUAUGGAUCGCAACGGCGGUGUUUGGGUGUCCGCCCGGCGUGCCAUGGGAGGCAGAGUGGGAGAAACGGCCCACAGUACCCUCGUACAUCAAGUAG